UACUCUGCCUACUCUGCCUACGCUCGUACUUGCGGACUUGCAGACGUCAUCAGUCAUCAGUAUCUAUGUUAUAUUGACAUUUUAUAUACUGGUUGUGUAGAUUGUCUCAUUGAAAUAAAAAAAUUUAUAAUAUUUUUACGUUAACAAAUAUUCAAAUAUGGUACACGUAGGUACAAUAUAUAAUACAGUACCGUUUUUUUUCUUAUUCAUUGGAGUUAUUAAUGGUUUCGUUAUAAAUUCUGAGAACAAAUUAGAUGAAGAUUUUAUCAUCCCACAUUACACACAUUAUGAAGAGCUUCAACAGUUGUUUAAUUUAUUGGUUCUAAAAUAUCCAAAUUUGGCCAAAAUGAUUUCUAUAGGAAAAUCUGUGGAAGGUAGAGAUCUGUUAGUUCUUGAAAUUUCUGAAAAUGUUAAAGAACGGAAACUAUGUGAGCCAAUGGUGAAAUAUGUUGCUAAUAUGCAUGGUGAUGAAGCUGUUGGUAGAGAAUUAUUAGUUUAUCUUGCUCAAUAUCUUUUGAAUAAUUAUGGGAAAGAUGAAAGAGUUACAAAAUUAGUGAAUGAUACUGAUAUUUAUCUUAUGCCAUCAAUGAAUCCUGAUGGUUUUGAAAAAUCAGUGGAAGGAAACUGUAAUUCCAAAGGAGAUUUUUCAGGCCGUGAAAAUGCAAAUCAUGUUGAUUUAAACAGAAAUUUUCCAGAUCAAUUUUACAAAAGAACUAAUUAUCUUCAAAAAGGAGGCACUAUAUUGGAUGGACGUCAAAAUGAAACAAUAGCUAUGAUGACUUGGAUUGCUACAGAACCAUUUGUAUUAUCAGGAAAUCUUCAUGGAGGUGCUGUUGUAGCAAGUUAUCCCUAUGAUUCUGGCAGUGCAUUUCCUUGUUGUGUUGAAAGUAAAAGUCCAGACGAUGAGUUAUUCAAAUAUUUAGCACACACGUAUGCAGACAAUCAUCCACAAAUGCGUACAGGUAAUGCAUGUAGUCAUGAUGUUUUUCAAGGAGGUGUUAUCAAUGUUAUUGGAGGAAUGCAAGAUUUUAAUUACGCUCGUUCUAAUGCAUUUGAAAUAACAUUUGAGCUUAGUUGUUGUAAAUAUCCAACUGCUUCAAAUAUGCCAAAAUAUUGGAGAUUAAAUAAGGAGUCCCUUAUAAAAUAUCUUGAGCAAGCCCAUAUUGGAGUAAAAGGUCUUGUAAGAGAUAUAAAUGGUGAACCAAUAGAAGCAGCCACUAUCAUUGUGCAUGGAAUUAACCAUAAUGUAUCCACUACACAUCGUGGAGAAUAUUGGCGUUUGUUACUACCUGGAACUUACAAUAUUCAUGCAGAAGCAUGGGGAUAUCUUCCAAGUGAACAAAUAAAUGUCACAGUAAUAUCAGGUGAACCAUCUAUUGUCAAUUUCACAUUAACACAGGACACUUAUGAUGAUCAAGGUAAUCAAGAUGCACCUUUUGUUCACAUGCUUCCACUUCCUGAUCAAUAUCUUGCACUGUAUAAACUAGAAAAUUAAAAUCAAAUGAAGUUGAAGAAUUUAUCAGACCUAUUGACAAGUAUGGUUUUUUUCAUAAUACGGAAUUCAAACAUCAUAAUUACAUAGCAAUGGAAAAUUACUUGAAAGAAUUAAAUUUGAAUUAUCCAAAUAUUACAAGACUUUAUAGUAUAGGAGAGUCUGUCAAAGAACGACAGUUAUAUGUUAUGGAAGUAACAGAAAAUCCUGGAAAACAUAGUCAAAAUAAACCUGAAGUAAAAUAUAUAGGAAACAUGCAUGGAAAUGAAGUUGUUGGCAGAGAAAUUUUAUUAUUAUUGUUAAAGUAUCUCUGUGAAAAUUUUGAAACUAAUGAAAGAGUUACAAAAAUAUUAAAGAAUGUGAGAUUGCAUGUAAUGCCAAGUAUGAAUCCAGAUGGUUACGAAAUGUCUAAAGAAGGAACUAUAUAUGGAGUUCACGGAAGAGCUAAUGCUAAAGGUGUUGAUCUCAACAGAAAUUUUCCUGAUCAAUAUGAAACGAAUGAUUAUAAUAAAGAGCAAGAACCUGAAACAAAAGCAGUAAUGAAUUGGAUUGCAAGUAUUCCAUUUGUACUUUCUGCUAAUUUUCAUGGAGGGGCAUUAGUAGCAAAUUAUCCAUAUGAUAAUGUUGAAAAUCUAAGUCCGGAUGAUAAAGUUUUUAAAGCUUUAGCAUUAACAUAUUCAAAUGCUCAUCCUUAUAUGCAUCUUGGAGAACCAUGUCCUUCAUUUUCAAAUGGACGAAAUACAGUACAAAAUAUGCUAGAGAAAAGUUUUCCAAAUGGUAUAACUAAUGGGGCUGCUUGGUAUUCUGUUAGUGGAGGCAUGCAAGAUUAUAAUUACAUUCAUAGUAAUGAUUUUGAAAUUACAAUAGAAAUGGGAUGUACAAAAUUUCCAAAUGCAACUGAAUUACCAGAAUAUUGGUUAGAAAAUAGAGAAUCUCUUCUGCGUUUAAUUGAAAUGUCUCGUAAAGGAAUACAUGGAGUAAUACAUUCAUCAAUUGGAAAUCCUAUACCUAAUGCUAAAAUAUCUGUAGAAGGAAUUGAACAUGACAUCUAUGCAGCUAAUGAUGGAGAUUAUUGGCGUCUUUUAGUUCCAGGCAAAUACAAUGUUACAGUUAGUGCGGUAGGAUAUGAAUCUCAAAUACAAACUGUCAUCUGCUUAUGAUUUUCGAUUAAUAGCAAAUUUACAGAAUAUUUAUUUAAAAAAUGCUGAGUUAAGUGCUAGAUUUAGUCAAUUAGAAAAUCAUCAACCAAAUAUUGCAGAAUUUCAAGCUGGGGAAUCAUUAGUUAGUAUGGCUAUUCAUUCUUUAAAAGUUACAUAUGAUAUGGGUGCACCUGAAGAAAAUAAAUAUCAUAUUGGUUUAAUUGGAGGUUUAUUUGCAUCUCAACCAAUGGGUAGAGAAAUACUGUUACGAUUAGCAACUCAUAUACUGAUGGGAAAUCAAAUUGGAAAUCCUCCUAUACAGAGAAUAUUGAAUAAUUCUGUAUUGCAUUUUGUGCCAGGCAUAGAUCCAGGUUUUGAUAAUAUAAUAAAUGUUCAAGAAUGUAAUCCCAUUGUAGAUGAUGAGAUAGGCAAAAAAUUAUUGUUACAUAAUAAUAAUGUAACUUCAGAUAAAUUGGAUAUAAUUACUAAUGCAUUUAAAACAAUAUUAUCUAGUGAAGAAUAUGACGCGAUAAUAAUAUUAGAAAGUGGAGCACUUGAAAUCGGCUAUACAGAUGAUAGUUUAAAUGUGUAUAAAACUCUAGCUAAAAAUUAUGAACAUUUAAUACAAAAACGAACUUGCAAUUUUUUCAACAAUGAUGUUAAAAAAGUACAGAAAUAUAUACAAAAUGAAUAUAAAAUACCAGUAAUAAGUAUUAAUAUGGCUUGUUGUAAGUAUCCACCUCCAGAAUCUAUUCCGACUAUUUGGCGUGAAAAUUUAUUGCCCUUGAAACAACUUAUUCAAAGCCUUAUAACUGGUGUUCGAGUAAUAGUAACAGACAUUGACCAUGUUCCUUUAAGAGAAGCUGUAGUUACAAUUGGAACCAAUAGUUACCAUGUCUCCAAAAACAUGGCUUAUUUCAAAAUUAUUCUUCUUCCUGGUGAAUAUUCAUUAACAUUUUUCUGUGAAGGUUAUAUAGAACAAUCUAUAAAGGUUCAUGUAAGUGAUCAAAGCAUAACUGACCUUCACAUUAAAUUGACGAAACGUCAUAUAGACAAAGAAAAAUACCAAAAUUAUGACAAUGAUCAAGAAACAAAUAUUAUAAAUCAAGUUUUGAUUGAUUUGAAUAAUAAGUACUCACAAUUAUCAACUUUACAUACUAUUAGUAAAUCGCAAACGGGUACUCGAAUAAUGUGUUUAGAAAUUGGAACUGAAAAUAAUUACAAACGCAUUGGCCGACCAUCUAUAGCUUUUGUGGCUGGUAUUUCAAGUGGUGCACCUGUGACAGCUAAAAUUUUACUUCAUUUUGCAACAUAUUUAUUAGACCAUUAUCAAAAAGAUACUAAAAUUACAAAUUAUCUGGACAAAUUCACGAUAUAUAUUGCACCAGAUUUAUCUCAAAAUUCUAAUGAUAAUCAAACUUGCUCUUCAUUCAUUGUGGAUAAUUUACAAUUUCCAAUUAAUGAUAGAUUAAGUACUAAAGCAAGCACAAUAAUUAAAUGGUUUGAAAAUAUUAACGCUGUAUUAGCAAUAAAUUUGAAUAUUGGUUCACAACAUAUUGAAAUUCCAUUUGCGGGAAAACAUGGAAAAAUAUUUGAACAAAUAUACAAUACCGAUGAUGAUGAUGUAUUACAAGAUUUAGCAUUAUUAUAUACGAAAUAUAAUAUUCAUAUGAUUUCUAAAAAUCCACAAUGUAAUUACAAUCUAAAUAUAUCUAAUGGAAUAAUUCAUGCUGGAAUGGGUAUAAGUGGUAAAAGAGAACAUUCUUUGAUAGAUUAUCUUUAUUUAAAUACGAGUACUUUAAUGUUGGAUGUAUAUGUUACUUGUUGUAACACAGAUGAUUCAAGAAAUAUAUGGGAAGAUAAUAAAGAUAGUUUAUUAAUAAUGAUAGAAAGGCUUAAUGAAGGAAUAAAAGGAUAUAUUCUUAACGAAAACAAUGAACCGAUUGAAAAUGCUAUUUUAUCAUACAAUAAAUCAAUGCAUCAUGUCAAAAGUGGAACAAAUGGGGCUUACUGGCUUUUAUUUCAACCUGGUACUCACGUUAUAAGUGCUAGCGCAACCGGAUAUAUUCAACAGACUAAGAUGUUUGUCACACCAGAUGUACAUAGCGUUUCGCACAUAAUAUUUAAAUUAAAAUAUAACGACAACUUUUUAGGAAUGCCUAGAAUUGUUUUCGUAAUUCUCACAAGUAUUAUAUGUUUGGGAAUUGUUGCUUGUUCUAUUUUUAUUUGUACCAAUUGUAAAUCUUCUAAAAAUUCACAAAAAAGUAAUUGGAAUAAAUAUACAUUUAGUUUACUAAAAGGUGGUACAAGCUUUUUUGAUGAUGAUGAAAAAGAAAUUGAAAUAUUUAGAAGACCAUUAAAUGGUUAUAUUCAAACUAAUGAAGUUACAAAACCAUAUUUUGAUGAUGAUAAUAUGUCAAGUUCGGAGGAUGCCAGUGACUUAGAAUUUAUUAGACUAAGUAAAGAAUGGAAAGAAGAGGCAGCUAAGGAACAUGGAUAAUUCAAUAUUCACUUCUAAAUAAAAUAUUUUGUUAUUAUACUUAAAUUAUAAAAAUUAGACAAAAAAUUAUUACUAGAAAAAAGAGGAUAACAAUGUACUUAACAAUAGAGUGUACUCUUGUUUACUUAAUCAAAUAAUAAUAUUUAAUAAUGAUAUUUAUUAAUCAGUAAACAUGAUUUCUAUAGAAUGUUAUUUUCUAAAAGUUUAUCAAUCUAGAGCAUGAUAAGAAAUCAUUUAAUAUAAAAAACUAUUGUACUUAAAGUAACACAAAGAUAAAACAGAAUUAUAUUAUAUAUAUGUAGCUAACAUACUGCGUUCUAUAUUUUUAUAUAUGAC